GCGCUCUCCCUCCAGCGGGCCGACUAUGCCUUCCCAGCCCGGCGGAGCGCACGCCCGGCCGCCCCAAAGGUGCAGCAGCCACCGUAGCAGCCGCCGCCGCCGCCUGCUCCGCAAAAUGCCCUGCGCGUCCCUCCUGCUGGAAGAAUGAGCUUGUCCUUCUUCCUCUGCCUCGUCUUCUUCAGCUACCUGAGCCUCCUCGCUUUGGCGCACAAGGAGACGCUGCCCCCCAGAGCGCAACUUGGAGACGCGGCUCGCCCUCCCCAAGACAACAGCGGCGGCGGCGGCAGCAGCUUCGGAAGGAAGAACACCUCCUCCUCUUCUUCAGCACCUUCCUCUUAUUUUUCCCCCUCUUCGGGAGCUCAAGGCAGCGGCUCCGAAAGGAGUAGUUUUCAGUGGAGCCCCUCCGGGCGCAGAACCGGCAGCCUCUACUGCAGGGUAGGCAUCGGAUUCCAUCUCCAAAUCCACCCCGAUGGGAAAGUCAAUGGCUCCCACCAAGCCAGUCUCUUAAGUAUUUUGGAAAUAUUUGCUGUGUCUCAGGGGAUUGUAGGAAUACGAGGAGUUUUCAGCAACAAAUUUUUAGCGAUGUCAAAAAAGGGAAAACUCCAUGCAAGUGCCACAUUUUCAGAUGACUGCAAGUUCAGGGAGAGGUUCCAAGAAAACAGCUAUAACACGUAUGCUUCAGCCGUUUACAGGACUGAAAAAACGGGAAGAGAGUGGUACGUAGCUUUGAACAAAAGAGGCAAAGCAAAAAGAGGAUGCAGUCCCCGGGUCAAACCCCAGCAUAUUUCAACUCAUUUCCUCCCGAGGUUCAGACAAGCAGAACAGCCGGAACUGUCUUUUACAGUCGCUGUCCCUGAAAAGAAGAAGCCACCUGUCAUCCCAGUAAAGCCAAAGGUCCCAUUGCCGGUGCCUCGGAAGAACUCUCCUCCUCCGGUCAAAUACAGACUCAAGUUUCGCUUCGGAUAAUCAAUGCUCAAUGCGUCAACCAAGGAAGGUUCUUUUUCUCAGGAGCUGCUGCUUGUGUGCCAUUUGGGUGGCGUAAAAUGGCAGAUGGGCCUCUGUGGUGCAUUCAGGCCAAAAGAGAUUCAGUUGGGAAGAUUCUCCACAUUUGUUUUUGGGUCUGCCCCAAGACAAAUUGCUUUUUUUGGUAGUUAGAAAUGAUAGCAUUCUUUGACUACUCUAAGGGGAAGAGCGCCAAAGGAAUUCAAGUGAGCAAGAAGGCAUUUGGGGGUUGCCUUAAUCAUUUUCACUCUCAUUUUUCUCUUUCCAGUUGCUGAGCACGGACUUUCUUCCCCUGACUUAAAAUGGUGAAAAGUUGAGUUUAAAAUUACUGCUGUAAGAUGCGAAAGAUUACCUCAUAUGUUGAAUUUUGUUUUUAACUCUUCUUAGUAUUAAUGAGUUUCUUCUUACUGUGAUUUUUUUUAUCCUGGUUGCUCAUGUUGUGUGUAUGUCACCUCCGCCCCAUCACUACUUUCUGCACUUUUAAGAAAACUUUUGAACAUACCUCAGAGAACUAGAUGGUUGAAAGUGGAUUCAUCAAACUUAUUCAUCUGGUGGUUUUGAUUUUGAAGGCUUUGUGAACUUUGGAAUAGGGUGGGAGGAAAAUGGUCAGGCCAAAAAGUUGUCUGGAUGAACUGUUCUAUGGGAAACUGCAACAGGACAAUGCCUGUGUCCUCAUGUUUGCAAUCUUUGACUCCAUUUCAGUGGCUCUGUUGCAUCCAGGUGGGCUCCAAUGUAUAUGUGGAGUUGUGGAAGCAGAGGGGCUGCCCUGUCCUCUUCUGUAAGCCUGAGAAUGCUUUGCAUUAAAGUUGCUACCAAACAUUUGCC